GAUAAGGUGUCAAGAAACUGCAUGCAAUCAACAAUGUGAAAGCAUGAGAGAGGUCAAGGCAGAUGAGGAUGGAAUGAAAAGUCUGAGAUUUAGCCAGGACACGUAUUGUCCUUUCAUAGUUAUAUAGUACAUAUAUAAAUCUAAAUUCAAUCAUAUUACACUAAUAUGAUAUGAAAAUGAACAAACAGAAUAAAUCCAUAAUUACAUAAAAUAUAUACAUUAUCUGUAUAAUAGAAAAUGGGAAUCAAGAAGAAGUUGGCCUACUUAAACACUCCAGUUUCACACCCUUCCCUUCCUCAUAUCUCUUCCUGAGUCUAAACUUUCAAGGUGAGUGAGGUAAUAUCUUUUGCUAGAGCACAGUUGCCCCAGUAAAAGAUUCUCUCACCCACCUUGUUUCUCUAAUAUCCUGGGAUCACCAGCUACACCGUCUCUUCCUACAUCUGUAAUGUAUAGUCUGACUGAUACUGCUGCAAGUGGUAAUCCCAGUGAUGUCAAAAGGAGUCCUGUGCAUGAAGAGUGUGUAGAAUUGGAUUUCAUCCCACAGUAUUAGCUAAAUACUAAUGGCUGUUGUAGCAAGCAAGCACUAUGCCCAGCAAUAAGAUGUGUGUACUGGGCCCACCCCAAAGCCCUAGUCCUGCAAUUUGUUUUGUGUGUGGGCAGAUCCCAUAUUGAAAUCAAUAGGGCUCUGUGAGAGUUCAGCAAUCUGACUGCACAGAGUCAAAUCCAGGAUCAAGGCUUUAGAUUGCCAGCCCUUUGGGGCAGGGACUUUUUCUUAUAUAUCCAUAAAGCAGCAUGUUCCUCUCCACCCUGUCAAAACAGUCCAAGUAAAACAAUGGCUCGUAAUUAGCUGUUAAAAACAUAUACAUAUAAAACGUAACAAACCUAAUUUCUGGACUUGUAAAAUCUCAAAUUUAAAUUAGACCUGUGGAAAUCUUAAUUCGCACUCCGUUGUCUGCAGAAAGUAGAAAUUACCAAUUCACUCAAGUAUAGUAUUCUUAAAAUUGAAUGAAGUACGUUUCUAAACACCCGAUCCUUUUAGAGAAAAGCUCUUUAAAUUCCCGAUUGUCUUUUGAAGCUUCUGUGAGUUCAAGCAAUAAGUGCCAUUUACAUAGGGAUAGGAUGUAACAAGUAUUGUAAAUCACUUACAACAGAGUUCACUAAUCUAUUGGCAGACAUUGUGGAGCCAACCCUAACCGAGCUUUGGAAAAUGUGUGAACAACAUCUUUUGUGGGGGAGACCUGAUGGCAAUUAGACGAUACUUAUCUGGGCCUUUGAUGUUUGUUUACAUAUACAACAUUUUCCUUGGGGCUCCCUUUAUAAAAGAAGCAACCCAGAGAGAGGCAUUCUCUGAUUCUGCUGCUCAAAAAUCCAUCCUCCCCUAGUUUGUGUUGAAAGAGAAGACCGCCAGGAUGACUAAGGCCUCUUUCUCUGUAGAGUGGCUUUCCCAGAGCAGCCAGGGCACCUGUGAACCACAGCAAAGGCCCAGCAGCUACGCAGAAGGUACUCAGAGCAGGACUUUUGCAUCACAUGGAUUGCUCACCCAACUCGGAAAUCCAGUCUGCAACUCCAGAACAAACCCACAACCGCACCAAACCGCAAGCCAAACAGGGAAGAAGGGUGAACGUAUAAAGACCCUGGACACCUCUUCUAAGAAGGGCCCCAGGAGUGAGAAGCUUUUGGAUUCUUCCUCCUCUAUAGCUGCAGCACCAGCCGCAGCCAAGCGGGCGUGGAGCGCCGCAGAAUCCGGUUCCGACUGGGAGAGCGGCCGCUCGGAGUGCCAGUCCCCCGAGGAGCCCGGCGCCAGGGGCAGCCGCCGCUUGCGCACCGCCUUCAGCGUGGAGCAGAUCAGCACCCUGGAGAGCUCCUUCAAGCGCCACAAGUACCUGGGCUCGGCCGAGCGGCGCAAGCUGGCCGCCAAGAUGCAGCUGUCCGAAGUGCAGAUCAAGACCUGGUUCCAGAACCGGCGCAUGAAGCUGAAGCGGCAGCUGCAGGAGCUGAGGCCGGAGCCCUUCUACAGCCCCGUCCCCUUCGGAGCCCGAGGCGGGACUCUGCCCCUGCACUAUGUCUACCCGGCUCAGCAGCAGCUCCUGGCUCACCUCCCCAGGCAGGAAGCCGUACCCGCCAGCUUCGCCUUCCCAGCACUGCCAGCCUCUGCCCUGAGCCCCGCCAGCACCUACGCGGGGGAGCCAGGCUUUUGGCAGGCGCCCUGCUUUGUGGGCUCCAGAGACUCCAGGGCUUUCUUGCUGCCCAUUUGAACUCGCUGGGCUGGCCUGUGACUCAGAGAAGGAUUUGCACUAACGCUGGCUCCGCGGGGUCGUCUAGGCCUGUAACUGCCUGCUCUGUUUAUGAUGCGAUCCCCUCUUACAUAGCAACAAUAUUUUAUACGGACACUUACAUGUGGAUAAUGGGGCCGAGUAUUAAUAUGAUGCGGAACGGUCCAGUAAAACCAAACACCUACCAGCUUUCACUCUACUUCCUUGUACAAGACCUCGGCGGGAGCCCUAACUUGCCAUAACCGUGAACACAGCCUCUUUCUUUCCUUCCUCCCUCCCUCCUAAAUUCAGAAUGUCAACUAAUCUGCAAGACCGUGACCCAAACCUUUCCCUUCCAUGGGCCCUGGAAUAGGGUCCUAUAUAGAUUUUCAGUCUGGGCUGGUUUAAUAGUCUCUGCUUGGAGAGCACCUUUUAAGGAAGUAAGUUGAGAGUUUAAGAUUCCUAACCGGGAGAAACUCAGUACCCUGCCAAACCACUCAACAGCCAACAAAGUGUUGAACCUUGCAGUGUGCACACAAUGGGUGAAAUCCUGUGCUCAUGGCAAAAUUCCCAUUGACUUCAAUGGACUUGACUGCCGCCAGGAUUUCACACUGUGUUGCGUUUUAGUGCUGCUGCCUGACCCUUGUUACAGAAGCUCCUAUACUUGCCCUGCUCUAGUUAAAACUGUUACUACUGUAGACACUCCAUCAUGAUCCAGUUUAAAUGACUAGGAGUGAAAUCCUGGCUCCAUUGAAGUCAAUGGCAAAACUCCUACUGAGUGACUUCAGUGGGGCCAGGAUUUCACCAUAGGAAGUUUGCUACUGACACAAACAGGAACAAGAUUGUGCCCUGUGUCUUCAACUACUCCCUGGGUGGGUCUGCUUCUAUUUUAUUUAAUCUGACAGCACUAAUAUUUACUGACCAUAGGAUUCAUUUUCAGAUUUAUUAAUGCAUCUAAAAUAAGGUGUUAAUAUUUGGGAAAUCAGCUUCCUACAUUUAAGCAUACAAUGGUAAUUCUAAGAGAUUGUCCAAAAUAGGGCCUGCAGCUCUUAUUCACAUGAAAAACAAAUAGCUACAUCAGUAGGAUUACUCUUGUAACCUUGAGCAAGGGCUUUCAGGAUCAGGCCAAUCACAGUAGUGACUGACCUGGAGGAACUACUGUGUUUUGCAAAAUCAGAAAGGAAUGGAAGACAGAUUUACAUGAGAGACCCUGAUAGUCUGUGAUGGAACAAGUAUGACAUGGACAAAACUACAUAUGUGUGUGCAUAGCAGACUGGCUAGUGCACUUUACUUUUUAAUAUUUAUACUCUAGUGCUACAUUUUAAAUGUAUUUUUGUGCUAGCCAGCCAAUUAUUGGGGGAUACCUUUUAAAAGACCCAAAGUAUAUAGACAAAUUAGAUAGGCAAUUUUUUAAAAAAGUAUAACAUUUUAACUCUCCACCCUGAAAAACACCACCCAUUCCUUUGAGAUUUCUUUAAUACCUAGUACCAUGAAAGGGUAGGGUAUUUCCCUUUUUGUUUGUUUGUUUUUGUUUUAACAAAUUAACAUGCCAAAAUAAAUAAUCCCUAGCUCAACCAAGUGUGGUUAAAUGACAAUGUUAAAAAUAUAGGUGUUCCUGAAAAUGUGCUUCUGGGAAGCCUUCUGAAAAAUAAUACCAUACUCAUCUGAACUCAUCCCACCCAGACUAAUCCAUAUGUACUUUUCUAUUUACUAUUAUCUUUGAUCCAGCCUUGCAACUUCUUUGUUAUCUUAGACUCCUGUCAGUCUGGGGUCCCACCAUAAUGAUAUUUGGAAACUCCAUAGCAGCAAUCAGGUGUAAAGUUGCCUACAAUAAAAUCCAAAGAUAAAGUAUUGGUUAGUCUGGCUCGUUUAUAUUUUGCCGUGAGAUUCCCUGUUUUUGUUGUUGUUGUUGUUUGGUUUUUUGUAUUUUAUUUAAAUACUACUACUACUUUAAGAAAUUCACACUCAGCAAGGGCCCAUUGGCAGCCCAUGGAAAUCAAUGGAAAUGUGGGACGGGGGGAAAUAAACUGGAAAGGAUUGUUCUAGUUUCGUUGACUUCAAUUGAGCUAUAAAAAGUUACAUCAACUGAGGAUCUAACCCAAGGUAUUUUGAAAGACUUCCAUUGGUUUCAGAUCUGGUAUCCUACACUGCAUCCCUUUAAGCUGCUCUGACCCCCUGGCCCAUGCAUAUGGCUUUGUUUUGCUUUCUCUCUUGUGCACUCCUGAAUAGGCUGGCCUGGUGCUGAGCUAGAAUGCAUGCAGCAAGAGACUGUAAACUUGGUCUUCUGAAUAGGGUCCCUAGUAUGGAAGCCAAAUCCAUAUUUUGAGAUUUUUUAAACAUGGCUCUUACUGCUGUUAACAUUCUCUGUAAUGUUCAAUUCAGGGAACAUAUCAACAUUUCUGUUUUAAAACUCCAUCUUAAUAUUUGCUUGGGUGGGGGUCAAAAUAGGUGCGCAGGAAAAAUAGAGGUUUGUGGAGUAAAAUGUUCUUCUGGGCUAUCAGAAAUAAGCCAAGGGUUUGCCUGCUAUUUGUGUGACCUUUUUUAGAAACCAAAAGCAAAAUGAGUGGAUUUGACUGAGGAAAGUGUUUUGAAUGCAACCUAAAUUAGUUGUAGAUUUAAAUGUUAUUUCUGAAAUGCAAACUUUGUCCUCAUGUGAAGCAGCUACACUGAUCAACAGAAGAAAGUCAAUCUUCUAGGAUUAUAAAUUGUACCUCUUCAAUGUAUUAAUGUAUUAAGAUAUCUCCAAGGAAGCUUUCAUAUGGUAGGUUUCAGAGUAUGCUUAUACUCAAAUAAAUUUGUUAGUCUCUAAGGUGCCACAAGUACUCUUUCAUAUGGUAGGUACCUUAUCAGGUUUAAAGCAGCCAAAUUUUAAGGAGGGUCAAUCAGUCAAUGUCUAUAAAUAUAUGUAUUUAUAUGAAAGUCUCUAAAUUUAUCUGCUUUAUUGUGUCUGUUAUAUACUUCAUGGGAUUAUUGUUAUACAGGCAAAGAUUAGAGUAACUCACUAAAACC